CGUCUGUGGUCGGUAGGUACAUUUGAAAAUAAACGUAGAUAUAUUGAUACCUUCCAUUUAAUUGAUAAGUAACACAAUCGUGAUUCUUAAAAGUAUCAGUUUUCAUAAUAAAAACACGUGAGAACUCAGUCCACACGCUGCCGCCCGCCCCUUACUAAACCGACCAAUAGGGCAGCUUGUUGGGCGGAGCGCUUACGAUGCCUGAUGUUUAAGUUUGAGAGGAAAUACACUGAAUCUAAUCUCUGAAAAGAUAUUUCAGCGGAAACACAUCACUCGCGGUGCAGUCGAUAAAACUUUUCUUAUUCGAAUGAAUAAACUUUCGUCCUUUUAAUUUGUAUUAAAAAUGUGAUAAAAGCUUGAAAGUUUAGUGAAAUGCGUCUACUGCUUUUAUAUUUUUUGGACACUCAUGCUUUUGUUGAUGAGUAAUAAUUUGCAGUGCAGUGAAACAAUAGGUACCUACUCGUCCAAUAAGACUGGGAGAUAUGCAAAGUGAAGGCAACAGCAGUGAGGGCGAAAACGGAAGCAGUCGUAAGGCUCUCCGAACCCCCAAGUGCGCCCGAUGCCGCAACCACGGCGUCAUCUCCUGCCUGAAGGGGCACAAGAGGCUGUGUCGGUGGCGGGAUUGCCGAUGUCCUGGAUGUCUGCUGGUGCUUGAGAGACAACGCGUGAUGGCCGCUCAGGUUGCCCUGCGUCGGCAACAAAGCGCGGGCGGGCGGGUGCGCGACGGCGAGGCGGCCGCGCUGGCUGCGCGCAAGCGCGCCUACCGCGCGCGCCUCCGCAGCGUGCAGAGCUCGCGCCACCAUGCGCUCCCUUCUACUACUUCAUUUGGUAACGUUCGAGACAGCGACCCGGUAUGGAGCGAGCGGAUCAGACGACGCAAAGUGUUUGCAGACGCCGCUCUGGAGCAGAGCACACCCGCACUGCCCGCGCCCGCGCUGUGCCGCCACCUGCUGGCCGCACUCCUCGCCUAUGCGCCGCCGCCCGCGCCGCGCCCCAAGAUAUCCUUCUCUAUAGAAUCCAUUAUUGGCGUACAAUAAUAAUCAGCCUGUUUGCGUCCACUGCUAGACGUAGGCCUUCCCAAGAGCGCGCCACCACACACGAUCCUCCGUCUUCCUUAUCAACCCACUUCUCACUAUUCUCUUAAGGUCGUCAGUCCAGCGGGUCGGAGGUCAUCCCACACUGCGCUUGCUGAUACGCGGUCUCCACUCCAGAACACGACUGCCCCAGCGGCCAUCAGUUCUGCGGCAGACGUGGCCCGCCCACUGCCGCUUCAGUUGGCUAAUUCUCUAAGCUAUGUCGGUCACUCGGAUGAAUCUCCUACGGAUUUCUUCGUUACGGAUUUUGUCCUUUAGAGAGAUCCCCAGCAUAGCCCGCUCCAUAGCUCGCUGAGCGACUUGACCUUGUGGAGAAGGGCAACUGUCAGUGUCAACCUUUCAGCGCCAUACGUCAUACAAUAAUAAACGCAGAUUUUAUUUUUACUGAUAAAAUCAAUUGUUACGCCAGUUUCCAAUACAGGGUUACUCAUAAGCAUUGAAUUUACAUAAGUACAGCGCGGCGUCCCCACACGCGUGUUUUCUACCUAUGCGCAAAUUGACCUCGUUUCCUAUUGGUCUGUACUCUGUUGAACUUGACACUUGGUUCAGACCGAGCAUAAAGAAGGAAUAUACUUAGCUGUUUUUAUCAAAGACAUGCGCUUCGGCUCCACUCUGAAGGUGGAUUAAUUAAAUAAUUCUACUUGUUUAUUAUAAGACUCAAA